AUUCCCCACCUACUUCAGAUACUACAUCUUCUCUCACGGACACCCUGUCCCUUUCGUCAAGCGACGACGACCUAAGAGAGAAAGGCAUUUCUACAGGCUGUAGUAGACUGAGCAUAGAGGGUAGUCCAUCUGCUGUGAGGGCUCCCCUAUCAGAGACUGCAAAAGAGAUGGUCAAAAAUGCCCUGCUUGGGAAAUCUGGUGGAGAAGAUAUUCUGGAAGAGUAUAAAUCAGAAAAAUCACUAAAGCACUGCACCAGGAGGCAGCUUGUCAACAUACUGGCAAGUCAUAUGACUGAGAGACAUGGCCGGAUUCCCACCCGUCAACAGAGGGAGAAGUAUGCGCUGGGAAUCAUCACACUUUUUCCUGCACUGAAGGAUCCAUUCUCUCCGAAAGGCUAUGAGCAUUUUUAUGAUGCAGAGAAAGGCACUGGAUAUCUGGCGUGGCGUCUGAAGACAAUAAGCAGGGCUACAGCGAAGAGGCCAGCAAAGGAGCCAUCCGUACCUAAAGACCAAGGGCCAAAAUGGAGAAGACAAGCGACAACUCUGCCUGAGCAGCUAGAUGGUGACUACUGCAGAGAACCCAUUUCGUUCCUAAUUCACACCCCUGAGGAAGCAAGUGUGCUGGAGAAAAUGAAGAUGACGCUUCAAUAUCGGCAGGACUUGGUCCAUGACCCACAAACCCGCGCAGAUGUCUUCAAAACAUUCCCACGCUUUCUGGAUGUCAAAGGACUCGUAAAUGAAGACUUCACCCUGCUGUUUGGUGCUGAAACAAGUUCCAAGUUGCUUAACAAGUGGGAUACAACAUUCAAGCUGAAGAUCAUCAAGGAGGCCACCCAGCUGACUCCAUCUACUGAUCUGUGUCGUCUGUUAAAAGCGGCUGAGAGGCACCCAGAGAGUGAUGACUGGGACAGUGACAUGGCCACUCUCCUGCUGCUACUCCAUCUUUUGCCCCCCAUAGUUGGAUGCAAGAAGAGGACCAAGAUCAGCCCUACUGAUGCAGCGGAUAGAAUGGUGCUUUUCCACAAGUCAUGCAGCAGCAUAGCGGAACGUCGUUUCGAAGUCCGAGAAGGAAAGCAGCCAUUCAUCAUUGCAGUUGGCCGUGCUCGUAACAAGAUCGACACCUACUACAUUGCUGUUGACAAACAGCUCAUUCCAUGCCGUGAUACCAGCUCACUGGGUGCGUUUGACGAACUUUUCAAAUGCCACUACGUCUUCAACCUCUCGUAUGAUGAGUCGCUGGUUCAGCUCUACACUUUUCUACAGACCGCUGUAUUCAACAUCGAUGUAACCCGCACAUGGGUGUCACCACGUGUCCGUGAGUUGCGCGCCAAGAUCUUGAAUGACAAUGUUUAAACAUGUUCUCCGUUAAAGCCUUGCAUACCACCAUUCAGGUUCAAUAAGCCACUUGUGCAGAGGACACAGAUUUUACCCAAGCACCAAGUUCAAAUACUCUUGUUUACAGGAUGCCUGUUGGCGCCAGUUCAGUUCAUCUGCAGGUUAAAAAAAACAUUCAUGGUAAUGAUUUGUCACUGUGAUGAAACGGCAGUAGGGUGGCCUCGUUGAUCUUCAGAUUGAACCUGAUUUUGUAAUGUCACAUCUAAUUUACCUGCCGUGGUGCUUGUAUUUGUGGACUGCUUAACACAUCUUCUGUAUCAAUCGAAAACCGAUAAAAAAUACUUCUGUGGUGCAAGUUCCUUUAGAUCACAUCCAUUGUUUUCAGAACACCAGGCAUGCAUAAAGUCACACUGUACUUAACUGCAUUCUGAUACAUCUGCCCCCUAACUUAAAACCCAAUAAUGAUAUAGUUGCAUUGUUUCAUGCUGAUGGUUUCUCUUGUACAUAUAAGGUAUGUUAAGCAGUCCACAAGUACUGUAUUGUGGCAGAUCAGUUCUUUACAAAAUACCGCCAAGCCUAUUAUUACAGAUGGAGAGAAUGAUUUUAAUGAUUUGUAGUCAAAGCAACAGUUUGGGUUUAAAGAGGAAUUCAACUUAAAAAUGGCUUACCGUUUUUUUUCAUGUUUUUAGAACUUGAUGCAUGGCAUCCUUGAAGGGGUUGUACAGUAUGAAAGCAAGUUGCUAUUAGAAUACCUGUCGAAAUGUAUUUUGACAACCUGUUUUUCUGUCUUGAAUGUAUGUUUUUGACUAUGGGUACUUGGAGCGGAAAAAUCAUCCAAGGGUUAAUUUGGAUAGUGGUUACAAUACAAUAGAUCGAACUCAAUUCAGACUGUGGCCUUUGCUGUUGCUUCUACUACAAAUCAUUUAACAUCAUUUCUCUCCAUCUGUUACAAUGGGCAUGACUGUACAUUUAAAACAUUUAAUAAUGGAACACCAUGUCUUAUUCACCCAGCUGUAUCCAAAUAGAUAUACAGGGGUUGGACAAAAUAAUGGAAACACCUGUCAUUUUAGAGUGGGAAGCUACCUCUUGCGUCCACAGUUAAUCCUGUUGGAUGUGGUUCAUCCUUCUUGGUGGUAUGCAGACAUUACCUUGGAUACUGUGGCUCUUGAUGCAUCACAAAGACUGGCUGUCUAGGUCAAAGAUGCAACAGUUACGCGCGCACCAAGAAUGUCUCCUUUUUGAACUUUGAUAUGUCAUCCAUGUUGUGUGCAUUGCAACAUUUUGAGCAAAACUAUGCACUUAUCCUGCUAAUAGAAUCUUCACACUUCACCUUACUGGUGCAAUGUGCAUUUAAUAAAGAUUGGCUAACAGGCUGGUCCACUGAGCGAUGAAACUUCCCACUCUGAAAUGACGAGCGUUUCCAUUAUUUUGUCCAACCCCUCUAUGAUCCCGGAAAACCAUUAUAUGUUCCAUUAUCCGAGUUGUAUCCGAAAAAUUGGACCCCUAAUUCAUAUGUGGAGUAUGAGGUUCGAAGCAAACCACUAUGUCUUAAGUAACAACACAGAUUUUUUUUUUUACAUUUUUCAAUGUCGCUUGCCAAAAAACACCAGAUGUUGAUCAUUUACAAUUGGGAGACAUCCCUUUUAAACCACAUUGAGUAUGGUCCCCUGAAAGCAUUUGAUCCAGAUGAUGAUCAACUACCGUAACUGUGUUAAAGGAUGACUUCUACCAAUUUCAAUAUGCUGUUGUAUUGCUCACACUACCCUCGACUUGUCAGUACCCCGUGAUGUUUAAUUUUUCGGCUCAGCCCUCUCAGAGAUCUGAUCUAUUCUAAUGGGGGCAAACCUUCUUAACCUAGGCCUACAGGUACUCCAAAUAUUAUCCCAAAGGUAUCGCGUUUACCAAUUGUCUACGAUGUUGUCUAUGAUGUUGCAUAACCUUUUGGAUGUUGUUGUUUAUUGAUGUAAUAAACAACUCAGCCCCCAUUGCAAUGACCAGGAUCUCGGAAAAGGCUAAAGGGGGGAAACAUUCUCAGGU